AUGUCUAAAUUGUUAGCAGAUUACCUACAUGCUCAGAAGUUGGCCCAAAUUUAUAUCCGUAAGAUUGUUCAUUUGCGUGGGGUCCCCAUUUCUAUCAUAUCUAAUAGAGGCACGCAGUUUAUAUCCCAAUUUUGGAGGACCUUGCAGACCGAGUUGGGCACUCAAUUGUAUGUCAAUACAACUUUUCAUCUUCAGACAGAUGGUCAGUCUGAGCGGUCGAUUCAGGUUCUUGAGGAUAUGCUCCGAGCUUGUGUGAUUGACUUUGUUGGUCAUUGGUACCAGUUCUUACCGUUGGUGGAGUUUGCUUAUAAUAACAGUUAUCACUCGAGUAUUGAUAUGGUUACGUUUGAGGCUCUGUUUGGGAGGAGAUGUAGAUUUCCUAAUGGGCGGUUUGAUGCAUUUGAUGUAAGGCCAUGGGGUACUGACCUUUUGAGAGAGUCAUUAGAUAAAGUUAAGGUGAUUCAGGAUAAGCUCUUAGCUGCUCCUAGGUUCAAAGGUCCGUUUGAGAUUCUUGAUCGAGUGGGGGAGGCAACCUAUGAGUUGACUUUGCCUCCAGGUUUGUUCGACGUUCAUCCAGUGUUUCAUGUCUCUAUGUUGAAAAGAUAUCAUAGUGAUGGUUCCUUCAUCAUUCAUUGGGAUUCGAUCUUGUUGGAUGAUAACUUGUCUUAUGAGGAGGAUCCUAUUGUUAUUUUAGACAGAGAAGUUCAUAAGUUAAGGAGUAAUGAAGUGGAGGAUGCGGAAAGUCUUGCUCAAGUUAGAGAUAUGAUGAAACAAAUUGUGGAGCACAACACAUUAGUAAGAGAGCAAACCGCAGAACUAGGGAAGGCCAUAGAGAGGAUUCAUGUCAAACUCACAGAGAUGCAGGCCGAGUCUGAAACUUGUAAUAAUCUGCAAGUUACAGGCUUAGCCAAUACCCAAGACGAACCUCAAAUAGAAGAAAAGAGUGAGUUCCUGCAAGGAGAUAACUUUUAA